AACAUUCAUUCCAAUCAGUCGAUCCUUCUUUGUACAUUUUCAUCAUCAUGUUCUCCCACGUUCUUUUUGGGCAGAGUGUCUGCAUAGCUCUGGCGUUUACUCGUCAGGUAGCCGGAGCCCCCCUACUCAGUUACGAGAUUUCCAACAGCACUGCUCCUGCAGCCUCCACGGCACAGGGAAGGGUUCAUGGAUUCACAGAUGCCAAUGGCAAUUCGGUCUUUCUUGGUAUUCCAUAUGCUGCAACAACGGCUGGGGAAAACAGGUGGCGAGAACCCCAAGAUCCGCUCUCAUAUGGCCUCUUUAAUGCCACAUCUUAUGGACAGACAUGCGCGCAGGCAAUCUCCAACACACCAUUUAGUCAACAAGGCGAAGAUUGCUUGAACCUCAACAUCUGGGCGCCUGCAAAGGGAGCUAAUCUGCCAGUAUUUGUCUACAUCUAUGGUGGUGCAAUGGUCACUGGAUCAAGUAGCAACACCCAACUCCAGGGCAACAACUUCGCAAAGAACGAUGUCAUCAUGGUCUCAUUCAACCACAGAGAAAGCAUAUUUGCAUCUCCGAAUUCUGCCGAGCUGAGCGACACUACGCAAAACUUCAGCAUUCUGGAUGUUGAGAAAGCAAUGGAGUGGAUUCAUGACAACAUUGCUGCUUUUGGCGGAAACCCAGACCACAUCGUCCUCGGAGGCCAUUCUUCAGGUGGUGUUCAUGUUGAUCAUUACCUCUGGAACCACCCAGAUACCUGGCUCGCUGGUGCAGUCGAGAUGAGUGCCAACUCUGCCUCCGGCCCUGGAUACGCCCCCACCAACGUCGGACUCGACACUAUCGCAGCAGAAGUCGGAUGCCCAACUGACCCUGGCCAACUCGACUGCCUGCGCAGCAAAUCAAUCCAUGAGCUGGAGACUGCUUCGUUCAACUCCUCUGUUCACACAUGGUUCACUCCCGUGGUCGAUGGUCUUACUCGCUACUCCAACGCGGAUCUCGAGAAGCGCUUCGCAGCAGGUCUUUAUCCCUCCCACGUACCCCUCCUGACCGGCAACUCCGCCGGCGAGGGAACCAUCUUCGCCUUGGUUUACGGCGGCGAGAACACGAACUUCUCAUCCUGGGUCCGCACUUUUGAUGCAGAUGUUGUACACAUCCCGGCUGAGGAGCUCAUUGCCGCCUACAACGAGACAGACUUCUCAUCCGUUUCCCUGAAGAGCGGCACACAAUACGGUGACGCUCGCUUCAACUGCGCCGUCGACUGGCUGCUCGAUAUCCGCUCCGCUGCUCAGGAUACCUGGUCCUACCGCUGGUUUGGAGCCUACGAUAAUGUGGUUGGCGUCCCAGGAACGGCUCCUACUCACGGAACUGAAAUCCCGUUCUUCAUGGGAGGGAACGAGUGUUUCAGUGCUUUGGGUGGCGUUACGGAAGAGCAGCAGGCUUUGGCGGAUUACACUCAUAAGUGGUUCGUUAAUUGGAUUAAGAAUCCUGCUGCGGGACCUGGAUGGAAUGCUGUGGAGAGCGUCAGGGGCAGUGCGGAGACGGUGAGGUUGGGCGUUCCUGGGAAUGAGCUGCAGAUGGUGGAGGCAGAUACUGCGGAUUACAAUGGUGUUUGCCAGUCGGUAUGUUGGAUCCCAAGAUAUCACUUUGUUGGAGGAUUUUAUGCUAACGGAUCUCUAGCUCUACAAGAAGUACAUGCCCAUGUACCCAGUAGUCACCAAUCCGCUCGCAUAAUUUUUCCGGAUCACACCGGGCUGACCAGUUGCAAACCGCAACUGUGUAUAUAAUGUAAAUAUACCAAAGUACAACGGGAUCGAGUGAUUUUGGGUUACGAAUGACGGCGAUCCUCACAUCAAAAGCUUUCUUUUGUCAAAUAGUAGUUAUAAUGUAUAUAUCAAACUUACC